UCUCCCUUAACUUACAUAGGUGAAAUUGAUACCUACUCAUAGGUAAUGACGAAAAAUAAUUGUGUACCUGCGACAAACGUGUCUUAUGAAUAUUUGGGUCUACGCGCAAUAAGGAAUGUAAUCUGAGCGGUCUCUGGGACCGUUUCACACUACCUUAUAAGGCGCGGACGUAAACAAACCACGACCAGGGCAGUUUUUGGGACUGUUCCGCAGUGGAUGUAUACUCGAUACCUGCCUUCUCAGGACAGUUUGUGGGACUGAUCCGAUACAAGGUUUAGCAAACCUGGACAGUUAUAUGGGACUGGCCCGCAGCAGAUUAUGUAUGAUACUUGCCUUCCCAGGAUGGUUCAUGGGACUGAUUCGACACAAGGCUUAGCAAACUUGGAUAAGUUUUAGGGCUGCUGCGCAGCAAAUUGUGCAUGAUACUUGCCUUUCCAGGACAGUUUAUGGGACUGAUCCGAUACAAGGCUUAGCAAACCUGGACAGUUUUUGGGACUGAUCCGAUGCAACCUUAUCACUUGGCACUUCUCGUGUAUGUACAUACCUGUUGUACCGCACACCAACAUUUUUAUCAUGUCUCAUAAUUAUCGAUUACAGUUCGACACGAAUCGGAAGAUUCGCUGGACGGAGAUAUUUAUGGGGACUUCCCAGAAUACCCACCAGAGGAAGACCCCGUGGAGAUCAUAGAACCCGACGCCCCCACACGCGCAGUCAUGCGUAACGCUGCAUCCACCGCUACGCCCAUCGCUGGACCCGCCGCCAGGCCUAUCACUACCACCACGUCUACCGUUACGUCAACCGUAACGACAGCCGCCACACAUACAGCAGCGCAAGUCGCGUGCCCCGCCGUAGUGACAGAUGCGCUUGGCGCUGUAAGUACUGGCGCGGAGCUACUACAGAAAGAGAGCCCUACAGUGUUAGACAGCUCUGUACUGGAAAUCCUGGGCGAAGAUCCUUCUGAAAAUAUACAGUACGGAAAAGAGAUACGCAAAGAGUUAGCGAACAGGCUCGAACACAUCGCCACGACUGGCCUAUCAAAAGAAGUGCGCAAAGAAUUAUUAGAGGCUUACCUCAUACCGGCAAAUUGUACCAAGAUUGACGCACCCCUGAUGAACGCGGAAAUUAAGGCUGCCGUCACCGACGUACUAACCAAAAGGGACAAGGGCAUCGAGAUGCGACAAAAACAGCUAGCAUGUGCAAUUUCAGGGCUAGCAAGAGUAAUUAAUACAGAAAUUGAGUCCAGUGAAAAGAACAAUGAGCGGCUGAAACAACUCAUGGACAUAGGCCGCAUCCUUUGCGACGUACAACAUAGCGAGUCAGUUACCAGACGUAACUUUGCCAUAUACUCUAUAAAAAAGGAUCUCAAGGACCAUAUAACAAAUACCAAAAUCGACAAAUACCUGUUCGGCGAGGAACUGGCGGAAACUUUAAAGACUGCCAAAGCAGUAUCAAAAUCUGGCACCGAACUAAAAGUAAAAAGCCAAGUUAGAAGCGUGAAAACAUUCACACCUACCAGCAAUUUAAACUGGAGAGCGCGGGCCCCAGCACGCAGGCAGCAGGGCCCUCAGCGGAACCGCGAGCCUGCUCAUCGCUCAUCGACGCCGGGUCCAUCUUCAAGACACACACGAACUCCGAGGCACGGCAACUCGUCCAAGACAUCGCAGCCUCCGCAGAGACAACAGCGGCGUCGUUAGA